AUGUCUCGCGAGUGGAUGGCUGAUCUAUUGCUUGCAUCAAAAGCUGUCAUGGCAAGCCAAGAGCAAACUUUCAACAUGAAUGGGAUUAAUCAUCGCGCUCGUGUGAUCGACUUGAGAUCACUCGAAUAUGAAUUUAGAAUUCUUCGACUUUAA